GCAGUCGAUAUAACAUCCAGUAGACGAAGCACGAAAAGUGCUCUUUCUGCUCCCAAAAAGUGCUUUUUCGUCUGUGAAUAUCAAAGAAAAAAAACUUCUCUUUGAGAUAGGAAUUUAAUUAAAGUUCAGUGUGUGAAGUUUUCGUCCAACAAUUAUUUGUUUGUGCUCUGUUUUUUUUUAAGACAAAUUUCCCAUUUUCUUCUGAUGCGCUUCUUCUUUGGAGCAUAAAAGUGAAAAUGCUGAAGUAUAUUCUACUUAUUUGGAGUUUAGCAGAAAUAUUUUCUAUUUCUUCUGCUCAACGGCCAUUCUUUGCGGGUUCCGGGUCUAUGUCAUCUGCUAGGAGUGAUAGUAUCUCCAAGGGCGUGAAUGUUGGCAGUUUGUUGGAUAUAACCAACACUGCAGCUCGAUCGCAAUCACAGACCCAGGCUGGAAUGUCUCAAAGUCAAGCUAAUAGCAACUCCUUUGCUAAUGAUGUCAAUGUCGCUGGUCUUGGGAUUUCAAAUACAGUUUCCACCAGUCAGACUACUUCCAGUGACGGUAAUCACAACAACGCCUUCAUGCAAGGACUAAAUGUUGGUGGACUAGGCUUAACAACCUCACUCUCAAACGAGCAAAAUCGUAAUCCAGGAUUACAACUAAGUAACAAUGAAGGAGGAGGUUUGGAUCUACAAGUUGGUGGUUUUAAUUUGGGUCUAGGACCAAGCACCCAACAAAGCCAACAAGCCGGAACACAAGCAAAUGCAGGUGCUUUUGCCACAGGGCCUGGUUCCGAAACUAGUGCUCAAAGCCAAUCGCAGAGUCAAAGCUCAAACCUUGGGCUUCUGGGUUUAACAUCAUCUCAGUCUAAUGCUCAAUCCCAAGCAUCUUCUCUUGGUGGUCAAACCGGAGCCUUUGCUGGAUCUGCAGGGACUUCAUCCCAAACUCAGAAUAAGGGAUCAGGAGACAUCAACAGAAACUCAGGUGCUGGUCUUCUAGGAGGUCUCUUUAGCAGUGGAGGACUUUUAGGUGGAAAUAGACGUGUUGAAGGACCUGUGAAAUUCGGUGAGAAUCAAAAUGAUAGACCAAUAGGAGGUCCAUUCAAUCGUCACACAAAUGUUGACUUUACUCCAAAUCGUCGCUAUGGAAAUCGCCAUCAUUCUUAUCCUCACAGUCAUGAGCACUAUGGCCAUGAUUUUCACAGUCAUGAACAUCCUGGACAUCAUAGCCAUUUCCAUCAUCCACAUCGUUAUAAUCCUUAUGACAGUUCAGAAGAAUCCUUUGAAUCCUUCGAAUCCAAUGAAUCCUUCGAAUCCCAUGAGCACUAUCCCCAUCACCAUCACCACCAUCACCAUGGUCAUCAUACACCUGGAGAAUUCAUGAGACCAUCUGUACCUUUCCAACCAGGACAACCAUCAGGUAUACCUGGAGGCCGACCACCUACAAACCAACGACCAAAUUUUGGACCUCAGUUCCCUGGACCCGGUCAACAGACUCCUGGAGGAUUUCCGCCAACAAAUCAGCAACCUAAUCUUGGACCUGUAUUCCCUGGUCUAGGACCCCAGAAUACCGGUGGACUUCCUCCAAGCCAACAAAGCCCUGGAGUAUUUCCUUUAAAUAAUCAGCCACAAGGUGUUACACCACUAAGCCCAAUGCCUGGAUUAUUUGGACCAGGAGGAAGUUCGUCUAGCAACCAAGGAUCAAACAUUGGAUCCCUGUUUCCUAAUCUAGGAGGAAGCCAAGUAACGAAUUCUCCAUCGACUUCUGGUUCAGCCCCAGCAUUUCCAAGCUUAACUGGUGAAACCGUCCUCAAACCCGUGCCCCCAAGCCAAACCGGUCAAGCUACAACAUCAAUUCCACCUUCUUUGAUACCUGAAGGACGAAAAGAACGUGAUGACUACAACGGAGCCGGUGAGGAAUCUGGUUUCGACGUCAGAGGUGACUUUGAGUUCGAUUGUGAAGAACGAAAGAAGAGAGAUGUCCAGGCUAGUGGAGAGAUUGAGGGUAGAUUUGGUCUUGGUGGACUAAUAUCUGGAUUCGGAGGAGCUCUGGGUUUGUUCGGAAGCCCUAAGUCCGAUCGCCCAAGGGGACAUCACAGACAUCACAAAACUGGACAUGGUGAUGGAGGUUACUAUCAAAAUGACUUUGUACCUGGAAGCGUGGCAUCAUCUCAGGCUAGUAGUUCAGCACAGAGUGGCCAUGGGAAUUCUGGCUCAGCCUUUUCCCAGGCCAGCAGCAAAGCUCAAAGUGAUCAAUUUGGAGGUCAUCCACGUAACUCUGGUUCCAGUGGCGGAAGUCUAGGUCAGCCUCAGUUUACUAAUCAACCAACUGGUACUGGGUUUGGUUUAGCGGAAUCUAGUGGCGGAAGUGCUCAGUUUGGCGGUCAACCACAGCAGCCUGGAUCCGGUAAUGCAUUGGGUUUCUCGGAAUCAAACGGUGGUAGUGCACAUGGACAGCCUAACCCCGGUGUUCCGAGCAAGCAACCUACUGGAAGUAGUCCUGGAGGGGAAUUAUUUAUUGAUGAACAGGGUAACUUCCAAGUAGGACCACAGAGACCCUCAAUUAGCCAAUCUGGUGCACAUGGACAGGCUAUUGGACAACCAGGUCCUUUCCAGCAACAGAGCGGUGCUAACACCAUGAAUUCCAAUUUAGUGAAUCAGUUGGGGUCAUUCCAGAAGAAUUCAGGUUCAAGUCAAUCAUCAAAUCUUGCAAAUGAUGGAUCGUCUGGACAGUUGAGUUCUGCACAUACCGACCAACAGAGCUACCAAACGGAUCAUGGCUUCGGCCAGCAGAAUAGUGGACAGAGUCAGUCGGCGAACUUUGACAAUCAAGGUAAUUUGGCUCUGAGUCAAAGUAAUUCAGGAUCAUCGCAAGUGAUCGAGGGUGAUCGUGUCCGGAAUCAGGCCAUGGGUGGGUCUUCGGCAACCCUUACGAGCCAGGCUGGAGGAACUUCCUCAAGUGCCGCACAAGUUGACUCUGUAUCCUAUCAAGAGGGUGAUAGGAAAGGUUCCAAGAGUACAGGUCAUAGUCAGUCUCAGCACAUUGGACCAGGGGGAAGUCUAUCAGGAUCGAAUAGUGGUUCAACUAGUGAGAGUUUUGAGGGUCCGGAUGGUAGUAGGGGAUCAAAAUCUUCGAGUCAAUCAUCGAGUUUCAAUAAUGGAGGAAAUGGUGGUAGUUCUUCCUCGGCUGGAUCGAGUUCUGGUACUUUUGGAACCAAUUCAUUUGCUGGCUCUCAAGCGGGAUCAUUCGGUGGAGGAGGUUUUGGUGGAGCUCUGAGUGAGGCUCAGAGUCAAUCUAAUCAAUUCAGUGGCAGUGCCAAUGCAAGGGUAGCUGCUCAAAGCAUUAAUAAAGCCCCAAGUCAAUCCAAUAAAUUUGCUGGGAAUAUCAAUGUCAAGAGUGCUCCUCACACUGAUGAGGAUGGCUACGAUGGACGGCUGGUUUUCCAAUAAACCAUUGGCUUUGGUCAGUAAUCUCUUUUGUCAUGGUUGCCAAAAUUGCCAUAUUCUCAUCGAAAUACUCUGAAAUGUUCAAUUAAAUAAUCUGCAUAAAUGCUGCUUCAAUGCAUCUUAUAACGGAGAAAUUCUUUGGUGUAAUACUUCUUUUCUCUCUCAUAAUGAACUAUAAAUUAUAUCUCUGUAAUGCCUUUAUUUCUAAUAAAAAGAAAUGAAAGAAUAAAUGCCUAUGUGAAAAAAAAA